AUCUCUUCGGCGCGCCUCGCUUCCUCGGCGCGCCGUGAACUCUUCGCCAACAUGUCUCCGGUCCCGGAGCUUCCUUCGGAAAUCCAGCUAGCGCAGCGGCUGGCCGGCAACGAGAAGACAAUCCGAGACCGUGCGGUGAGGAAGCUCCGUAGGUACAUCCACGCCAAGACCGGAGCCGCCUCAGGGGGUUUCAGUCACGAAGAAUUGCUAAAAAUAUGGAAAGGCCUUUUCUACUGUAUGUGGAUGCAGGACAAACCUCUCCUACAGGAGGAACUUGGAAAUACAAUUUCCCAGCUCAUUCAUGUUUUUCAGAACACAGAAACCCAGCACCUGUUUGUUCAGACUUUUUGGCAAACCAUGAACCGUGAGUGGAUUGGAAUAGACAGAUUGCGCCUAGAUAAGUUCUACAUGCUAAUGCGCCUGCUUCUGAACCAGUCCUUCGAGGUAUUAAAAAGAAAUGAAUGGGAGGAAAGUCAGGUUGAACUGCUUCUGGAUAUCCUGAUGAAAGAAGUUUUUCACCCAGACAGUCAGGCACCUUGUGGAGUCAAGUCCCACUUUAUUGACAUAUACUUGGAAGAACUGACUAAAGUCGGAGCAAAAGAGCUUACAGCAGAUCAGAACCUGAAGUUUAUCGUUCCAUUCUGCAAAAUUGCAGCUAAGACAAAGGAUUCUACUUUGCUGUAUGAUAUAGUUGGCGGUAUCUUUGAAGCAAUUUUGGAACAAGCUCCCUUUGCCAUUGAAGAUUUAAUAAGAGAAUUAAAUGCAAACCAAGAGGAUGAUGAACUGUUAGAAGCUGAAUCAGAUGAUAUGACAUCCGUAAGAUCACCUAGGAAGCAAAAGAAAGGAAAGAAAGGUCAAGAUUCCUCCUCAAGUGAAGAUAAACGAAAAGUGAAAAAGCAUAAUGCUGGCAAGGGACACAUUGGGCUUUUCCUUCAGUUUAACUAUGAGGAAAUUGCUGAUAGACUGUUUGAAAUGGCCAGCAGGCAAAGCACUCCUUCCUUGAAUAGGAAACGUCUCUACAAACUGGUCAGAAAGUUCCAGAGCCUUGCUGAAGGCAUAUUCCCUCAAGAUGGCCUUCCUCGCCGUAACAAAUCGAAGAAAAGGCUUAAGCAAAAGAAGACUUGUUUGCCAAAAUCGAAAUUGCAAAAAAAGAAAGGGAAAAAAGAUGAAAAACAGACUAUGGAGACAGCUGCAGCUUUUGAGAAAGAUAGGUCAAGAACUCCGAAGAGAAAGGAGAUGAAUAAAAGGAAGAAUAUGAGUACCGAUUCUUCUUUUUCAUCUGAGAUAGGCAUGUCUGAGACAACUAUUCCCUUAAAUCCUCAAAACUACAGUUCAGAGAGAGCAUGUAAAAGAAAAAGAGGUCAAGGACCAAAAGCCAUAGAAGUAACAGAUGGCUUCCAGGAGACGAAUAAGAAUGAUGAAACAGAGCCCCAAAAGAACGAUAAAAAACAAGGAUUGACAGACCUUGAAGUGACACCAGCCAUCGGCAAAAGCAGGAAAAAAGAUGCUUGUAAGAAGAUAGAAACCAAGGAACAGCAAAUGAAAAAAAAGGUGGACACCACACUUCAGAAGACUAACACAGGGACUCCUGUUGUGAAAGGUUUGCCAGCACAUCCCAUUAUUUCUCCAAAGUCAGAAAGUAAUGACAUAGGAACCCCUAAAUUGGUCACAAAGAAAGGGAAGCAAGUUGUUAAUGGAAGCAACCACAUUGUUCCUCCGGUAGCCUCAAAGGUUUCUUCAGAAAUGGUUAAUCUGAAAGAGUUACAGUUAAGUAGAAGCAGUGACCUAGAGUUAGAUGCCACUAGAAUGGUAAAAAAGAAACAUAAGUUGGUUAGUAAAAGCAGUGUUGUUCCUCCCCAACAAAAUCAGGCCAAGUUAUCCAAGAGGGAGUUGGCAAAGAGUACAGAAAAUCCAACAGAUUGCGAUUUUCUCCCCCCUGCAAAAAGGCCAAACAAGAGUGUCAGUAGAUCACUAGGUUCCUUAAAGAGGAAGAAGAAAUGGCUUUUUGGGCCUCUAGGACCAAGGAUGAUCUUCAGAUCCCCAGGUAGAAGAGUGAAAAGAAACACAAAGAAAGCGCUUUAGGGCUUGUUUUGUGCAAUCUUUGAGGAUUCCAAAGAGAGGAGGUAGCAAAAACUUUUCUGUCGCAAAGCAAAUAAGCAUUCCAGGAUGUCAUUAGCAAGGAAUCACAUUAAAAAUAGAAUUAUUUUUUAAGCAAUAAAAAAACUGAAUUGUGGCACAAGAACCAGUUCAGAAGCAUGGUUUCUUUUUAUUUGAUAAAGGGCCCUGGGAAGAAAGAAAUUGAAAAACCUCUACUGAAAAUGACUGUAGAAGGGGCAUUGAAAACAUGAAUCUUUUGACCAAGGCCUUGCUGUAUUUCAUAAAGUAUUUGCUUACAAAUUGGGAUUAACUCAUGAACUAAUGUUAGCUAUCCUGGGUUUCUUGUAACUGAGUCACUUUUUUUCCUUUUUUAAAAAAAUGUAAAUAGUAUUUUAUUUUUCCAAUUACAUGUAAAGAUAGUUUUCAACAUUUUUUAAUAAUAAGAUGUUGAAUUCCAAAUUUUUCUCCCGCCCCUUUUUUC